CUCCUGGGGGCGUGCUUAAAAGCUGGAGACCAUCCCAGAGUGGGGUGAACUGCCGGAAAUGCACCCACGAUCUCGCUUCGCGUCCUGAAAUUCCACUUCAAGGCCGGCUCCCGCUGCUUGACUUUCCUGCCGCCGUUUGUCCCUCGCGAAGCCCCGUUGCUCGCCCAGGAGGCGUGACUUGGGGCUAGAAGCAGGCGGGCUGCGGCGCCGUGGGCCCGGGCUGCCGCUGUCAUGGACGCCUGGGUCCGCUUCAGUGCUCAGAGCCAAGCCCGGGAGCGGCUGUGUAGGGCCGCCCAAUAUGCCUGUUCCCUUCUUGGCCAUGCUUUGCAGAGACAUGGGGCUAGUCCCGAGUUACAGAAACAGAUUCGACAACUGGAGGGUCACCUGAGCCUCGGCCGAAAGUUGCUACGCCUUGGGAACUCGACGGAUGCCCUGGAGUCAGCCAAAAGAGCUGUGCACCUGUCGGAUGUCGUUCUGAGAUUCUGCAUCACUGUUAGUCACCUCAACCGAGCCUUGUACUUCGCCUGUGACAAUGUUCUAUGGGCUGGGAAGUCAGGGCUAGCUCCCCGAGUGGACCAGGAAAAGUGGGCACAGCGUUCAUUCAGAUACUAUCUGUUUUCCCUCAUCAUGAAUCUGAGCCGUGAUGCCUAUGAGAUUCGCCUACUGAUGGAACAAGAGACUUCAGCUUACAGCAGGCGAGCGAAGGCCUCUGGAGUAGGAGUCUCAGGAGGGGUAGAGCCUGGGGGACCUGGGGGACCCGGGACUGCAGGAGGAAGUCUGCCACAACUGGCUCUGAAGUUUCGGCUCCGAAUCCUGCUCCUGGCUCGUGUCCUUCGAGGUCACCCCCCUCUCCUGCUGGAUGUGCUCAGAAAUGCCUGCGACCUCUUCAUCCCACUGGACAAACUCGGCCUCUGGCGUUGUGGCCCUGGGAUUGUGGGGCUGUGCGGCCUCAUAUCCUCCAUUCUGUCUAUUCUCACCCUAAUCUGUCCCUGGCUACGACUUAAGCCCUGACAGACACUGUGGUACAAGAUAAGGAAGAAACCCAGAUGGGUGAGGUGGAAGCUGAGAUGGUCGCUGUGUGCCAGCCUGAUUGUAAUUCAACUCCUUGACUGAAGUUAAAAUCCAGAUACUUAGGGAUGAGGGGAAGAACCUGCCAAAGCUGGGUCAGGAAGGCAGUGCUAAGGGAAGGCUCCCGUACACUUUGCUGCUGGGCUUCAGUUCCAUUGCUGGAAUCUCUUAGCUCAUCCCUUUGUCUGUCGCGAGUCUGGUUAAGAAUUUGUUACCGUGAGGCAGAGUUCUCUUUCUUAGUCUCCUGUCCAGAUACUUAAAGGGUGGGGAGAUUACUUGGUAGGGGAGCUUAAGUUGUGGAUGGCACAGUGCUAAUUGUAUUCUUUUUUUCUGAAACCUCAUGUAGCAUUUUUCUUCCUUUCCACCCUCCAUACUUUUCCAGGCUUCAUGGGUCUGCCUCAGCAGACUGCCUCCUGAUUUAGCCCAGACCCUCCUCUGCCUCCACACUUUCCCAUUCCUGCGUACACUUUGAUAUUAGAGUUUCCUUCCCCAUUUGGCUCUUGCCUGUUCUCUACCCAGCCUGAUGCUGUGUCUGGCCCCUUCCUGUAAAUACUGUACAAUGCGUCUAUGUAAAUGACUGGUCCUUGCCCACAGAGCAAGCAGGCCUUCUAGGCUAACACAUUAAAGAUCAGUUUGCUCACUGAC